UGGCAGACCUUCAGUGAGGCAGCUCCAGAUUUUAUUCAUGGCAGACUAUUGAGGCUCCUUAAACAAGCAUCAGUGAAACACAGCCCAAGAGCUGUGUAGACUACCAAUGAAUUUUUUAGACCUCAAUAUCUGAAUUUUUAAAGCACACUGUUUUUUUUUUUUUUGAUUAUUGCAUAAAAAAAGCUUUCACGGGAAAAAGUUGCAGCCCUUAACUUAGAGAAGCAAUAGAAUUAGAUUGCACAUGUGACUUUUGUGCAUCAACUACAAUGCAACUGCCCUCACAGUUUGAACCUUUAUGUCAGUGUUUGGUUGUUGACGUUGAUACAUUUGACCCAUGAACCCCUGGAUCUGAUUCUCAGGAUAAGGGUUAGACUGGGACUAGAGGAAGCAGUGUCUUGUUACAGCUGCUUGUAUUAUAGAACCCUGAGCCUGCGAUCCUUGACUUCACUGUCAAUAUUUCAUGAGCUCUGCUAAUCACUCUUUUCGGCCUGCUUUUGUAUGGGCAAGACCAAGAAAGGAGGGGUUGGAGAAGAGGCAGGAGUUCGGCAUCUUCUGUCACUGUCUGUGACGGAGCUAAGGAGAAUGCCGGAGUUUCCAUUAUUGAUGUAUGCCAGCAUAACUUUCACAAUGCCGAUACAAUGAACCGGAGACACACGGAUUUGCCCCAUUUCUUUCCUUGUGCCUUGUUUCUGGAUGUUUUUAGCCCAAACCGCAUGAAUGAUUGUACCCAGAGCAUCAAAACCAAAGUCCCUCCUCUUCUUCCUCUCUGUUCCGUCUCUGGCUCAGCAUCUCUCCUCCUCCCCUCCAGCACACCUAGACCAUCUCAGUCCAGCACAGGAGAGGAUGCUCAUCAGCGUCUAGUGGAUUUUCUGCAAGAGCAGAAGUGUGAGAAGACAAGUGUUUGAGGGACAGAAGAGCAAGGGAAGGAGAAAUGCCACUGUGGGGGUUUGCAGGUCUAAAGGAGAAGCUCAAACCGGGGAAGGAGGAGUUGAAGAACAGUGUGGGUGACUCUCUGGGGAACCUGCAGAAGAAGAUCGAUGGUUCUAAUGUGGCUGAAGAGGACAACAUUGAGCUGACAGAAGAUGGUCGGCCAGUGGCGGCCCCUGAACGCAGCCCACCCCUUUUGGAUUGUGGCUGCUUUGGCCUCCCCAAACGUUACAUCAUCGCCAUCCUCAGCGGUCUUGGCUUUUGCAUCUCGUUUGGCAUCCGCUGCAACCUCGGUGUAGCCAUUGUAGAAAUGGUUAACAACAACACUGUCUACAUCAACGGGACUGCCGUCAUGCAGCCAGCUCAGUUUAAUUGGGAUCCAGAGACAGUUGGGUUGAUACAUGGCUCUUUUUUCUGGGGCUACAUUGUCACUCAAAUCCCUGGAGGUUUCAUCUCCAAUAAGCUAGCAGCUAACAGGGUGUUUGGAGCAGCCAUUUUCUUGACGUCAGUGCUAAACAUGUUUAUUCCAUCAGCUGCCAGGGUCCACUAUGGCUGUGUCAUGUUUGUGCGAAUCUUACAAGGGCUGGUGGAGGGUGUCACAUACCCAGCCUGCCAUGGGAUGUGGAGCAAAUGGGCUCCUCCACUGGAAAGAAGUCGUCUGGCUACAACCUCGUUCUGUGGAUCUUAUGCAGGAGCUGUGAUAGCCAUGCCACUGGCUGGAGUUUUAGUGCAGUAUGUAGGCUGGCCCUCUGUCUUCUAUAUAUAUGGUGUGUUUGGCAUAAUAUGGUAUAGUUUCUGGCUCUUGCUGGCUUAUGACAGUCCAGCAAUCCAUCCCACUAUCAGCGAGAAAGAAAGGACAUACAUAGAGACCUCGAUUGGGGAAGGAGGCAAUUUAAUGAGUGCUACUGAGAAAUUUAAAACUCCUUGGCGUGAAUUCUUCACAUCUAUGCCUGUCUACGCAAUCAUUGUGGCAAACUUCUGCCGCAGCUGGACCUUUUACCUCCUGCUCAUUAGUCAGCCAGCUUACUUUGAAGAAGUCUUUGGGUUCCCCAUCAGCAAAGUGGGCAUUCUGUCAGCAGUGCCACACAUGGUGAUGACGAUCAUUGUGCCGAUCGGAGGCCAGCUGGCUGACUUCCUGAGGAGUCGGAAAAUCCUCUCUACUACAACCGUGCGCAAAAUUAUGAACUGUGGAGGUUUUGGCAUGGAGGCCACGUUGCUCCUGGUGGUUGGGUUCUCACACACACGUGCAGUGGCCAUCUCAUUCCUCAUCUUGGCGGUGGGCUUCAGUGGAUUUGCGAUAUCAGGAUUCAAUGUAAACCAUCUGGACAUAGCUCCUCGCUAUGCUAGCAUUCUUAUGGGGAUCUCUAAUGGAGUAGGUACCCUGUCUGGAAUGGUGUGCCCCCUCAUUGUUGGAGCACUUACCAAACACAAGACUCGCCUGGAGUGGCAGCAUGUUUUUGUGAUUGCUUCCAUGGUGCAUUACACUGGCGUGAUCUUCUAUGCCAUCUUCGCCUCUGGUGAGAAGCAAGACUGGGCCGAUCCUGAGAACACCAGUGACGAGAAAUGCGGCAUCAUUGGGCAAGAUGAGCUGGCUGAUGAGACCGAGCCCAACAGCGACAGUGCCCUGGCCACCAAGCAGAAGACCUAUGGAACCACAGAAAGCUCUGCAGGCCGUAAGCAAGGCUGGAGGAAGAAGAGAGGGGUGACCAUGCAAGCAGAUGAAGAUCACGGAUCAAAUCAUUAUGAAAAUGGGGAAUAUCAGAAUCAGUAUCAAUGACAUUUUGGUCACCAAACGCCCAAGACUGAGACCUUAGGUGUAGGAGGAUUUAUUUAAUUAACCCACGCUGGGAAUACAACAUUCCACCUGACAUUUGACACAACAGUAUAUUUGAGUUGUGAAGAAAUAUUUUGGAUGGCUUCCUUUAUGAUUUCAUCUUGCUGUAGAAGCUGAAAGAACAGUCACAUGUGAAAGAUCUGUGAGUAGUUAUUUGACAGCUGUAGGCAGACAUAGUUUCAGCUGAAGUCUAUACUACCUGUUUAAAAGUUCAGUACAAUAUUUUUAAAGAAAUUUUUAUUUUUUUAUUCAGCAAGGAUACAUUAAAUUGGUCAAAAAUGACAGUGAUAAUAUUUAUAAUGCUACAAAAGAACUUGCUAUUUUUUCUUUUUUUUUAUAUAAUUUCCAUUUAUUAAAUAAUGGUUUUUUUUCUUCAGCACCAAAUCAGCCUAUUAAAAUGAUUUCAGAAGGAUCAUGUAGGAUCACUGAAGAAUGGAGUAAUGGCUGAUGAACUUUAGGUUUUGCAUCACAGGAAUAAGUAACAAUUUUAAAUGUAUAUAAAAUAUAAAACAGUUACUUUAAAUGUAACUUUAAAAAAAGUGCAGCUUUGGUGAGCAUAAGAGAAUCUUACUGUCGUCCCAAAAGGUCCUUAAAAAUGUCUGAAUAUCAUUGCCAGGGGCGCCGUAAGGAGAGGGGGAGGUUAGGAUGAUUCUAGAAUGGAGGGGGAAACAUGAU